CUGAUAACUUGGUGUAGAUCAUGUGAUUUACAAAAUCGCUGAUUUCCCAAAGAUUCUAUUUUUCGCUGGUUGACAAAAGGUGACAAAAGGAGACAUCACACAUUAACGAAAGCAACUUGUCAUGGUCCCUUCCAGAGCCCCGAGCUCUAAUUCACUUCCAACGCACGAACGUAACUUGAAAGCUUACGAGAAAUUUGCACAAAAAUACGGAGUUUGUCCAGCCUUUCCAAUCACAGUGCCUAAAUUGCUCAAGUUCAUCAAAAUCAAGAGUCAGACCAACAGCUAUCGUUCCGUACAAUGGUUAAUGACCGGACUUCAGCUACAUCCAACCCACAGUCCCAGCUGGUUUAACGAUGUGGGUCAUCAUGCUUCGGUGUUAGAACUCCUUGCAGACAUUCGACGCACGGAACAACAGUUGGGCGCUCCUCGUUCGAGGAAAACGCUUGGCGCCAAUACAACCAUGGCACCGAGUUGGGCAAAUGGCCACGCAUGUCACGUUGUGCAAGGACCUAAAGCCAAAGGAUUUGUCGUCUGCGACAGUGCCUCGCCUCCCGACCUGAAGACGAUCAAACCUUCCACCACCGUGUCACCUUUACGGCGUUCACGGAAACUGACGGGAGCUACUCUUCUGACCAAACCGGUUGUGGAUCUGUCUCCUUCUAAUAGCACGGAACCAAUAGGUCUCAAGACACAACGUGUGCGAUUCCCGAAAACCACCACCGUAUCUAUUGUUCUUGAACCCUAAUCAAGGACUUCUCUGUACAUUUAUACCACUAUCCAUUUAUGCCCCUGUGUAACUCGCCACGAAUUGAUCGACAGCUGGAGGCAUGAUUCUGUAUUGUCCCUCAAGUACAUGUUCCGAUCGCAUCAGUAACGCUUUGUAGUUUUCGUACAGUUGCGGCAGGUCCUUUCAAAUCCGCAUUUCAUGUUAGCAACGUAUCCCAAAAUCUAUUUAACCAUUGCUUUUUUCUUCUUACCUUGUCAUCUUUGCGCCCCUGAAUAAAUAUUUGGUCUGCCCAAUCA